AUGGCGGCGGCCGCCGGCGGGGGGAGCGGCGGCGCGGCGGCCACGGGGAGCGCCGCGGCGGAGGAGAGGCGCGAUGAGGCGGCGGGGCGGCCCGCGGAGCCGGCGGGGGGCGGCGCGGCGGCGGGGCUGCCCGGCUUCGGCGACGUCGACGCCUUCGUGAAGUACGCGCUGGGCACGGUGGUGGCUGCGACCAAGGCGUCUAACGGGCUUCCUCAGCCUGGCGACGAGUACGACUUCUACCGGAGCUUCCCCGGGUUUCGGGCGUACUGCGAAACGCAAGGAGACAGGUUGCUUCACUGCAUGAGCAAGGUGAUGCAGUACCAUGGCUGCCGCAGUCACAUCAAAGAUCGCAAAAAAGUGACAGAGCUAGAAGAUAAAUUUGAUAUGCUGGUUGACUCAAAUGAUGUCAUUCUUGAAAGAGUGGGUAUUUUAUUGGAUGAAGCAGCAGGAGUGAACAAAAACCAGCAGCCUGUCCUCCCUGCCGGGUUGCAGCUCCCACAGACGAUCAUUUCCAGCUGGAACCGCAAGGGGGGAGACUCCCACAAGAGAACAAAGUCUGAAACCUUCCGAUUGCUUCAUGCCAAGAAUAUCUCUCGACCGCAGCUUAAGUUUCGGGAAAAGAUUGACAAUUCCAACACACCCUUUGUACCUAAACUUUUUGUUAAGCCAAAUGCUCUGAAACCUUUGCCUGAAGCCCUUACAAAAAGCGGACGGGAACGAAAGGAGCGCCCUGAAGACUUGGAUGUACCAGCUGCUUUGGCAGACUUCAUCCACCAGCAGAGGACACAGCAAACUGAGCAGGACAUGUUUGCUCACCCUUACCAGUAUGAACUGGAGCAUUUUUCUCCACCAGAUGGAAUUCUGAAGAAACCAGAACUCCAGAUGUACAGGCCCAUCAAGGAAACACCCUGCCAUUUUAUCAGCACGCUGGAUGAGCUGGUAGAACUAAAUGAAAAGCUUAUGAACUGUAAAGAAUUUGCCCUGGACUUAGAGCACCAUUCCUACAGGAGCUUCCUGGGCUUGACAUGUCUUAUGCAGAUUUCCACCCGAACAGAAGACUUCAUUAUUGAUACGCUGGAGCUACGCAGUGACAUGAACAUCCUGAAUGAGACAUUCACAGACCCUGCAAUUGUGAAGGUCCUUCACGGUGCUGAUUCAGAUGUGGAAUGGCUGCAAAAAGACUUCGGCCUGUACUUGGUGAACAUGUUUGAUACUCACCAAGCUGCUCGUCUCCUCAACCUUGGCAAGCACUCUUUGGAGCAUUUGCUAAAGCUGUAUUGCAGUGUGGAUGCUGACAAGCAGUACCAGCUGGCUGACUGGCGGAUACGCCCUUUGCCAGAAGAAAUGAUUCAGUAUGCCCGCGAUGACACUCACUACUUGCUCUACAUCUACGAUAAAGUGAGGGAGGCGCUAUGGGAGAGAGGGAAUGAACAGCCCACUCAACUGCAGAUUGUAUGGCAACGCAGCAGGGACAUCUGUCUGAAGAAAUACAUCAAGCCGCUCUUUUCAGAUGAGUCCUACCUUGAGCUCUACAGAAGGCAGAAAAAACACCUCAACACACAGCAGCUAGCAGCAUUUAGGUUGCUGUUUGCUUGGAGGGACAAGAUGGCGCGUCAAGAGGAUGAGAGUACAGGAUAUGUGCUACCAAAUCACAUGCUACUGAAGAUAGCAGAGGAGUUGCCCAAAGAACCCCAGGGCAUCAUUGCUUGCUGUAAUCCAGUCCCACCACUAGUUCGCCAGCAGAUUAAUGAAUUGCAUCUUCUCAUUCAGCAGGCCCGAGAGAUGCCUCUCCUCAAGUCUGAGAUUGCUUUGGCAGUCAAGAAGAGAGCACCUCUCUCCACUUCUGAGAGGCUGGAGAAUACCUUUUUUGGACCUCAUGAUAGUUCCCGUAUUCCUGCAGAUGAUUUUCAGAACAACUCUGCCUUGGAACCUGCACCAGUUUUGCAACAUGGUCGUCUCUUUUCAGACGGUGAGGAGACAGUGCAUAUUCAAGGUGUUCCCCCAGAGGUGACAUGCCUUGUUGCUACUGUCAGCAUAUUCAGUGAAUGUGAUGAGGAUGAAGGGAAUGAGAAGACUUUAACCACUGCACAGCAGAAAGCUCAGCGCAUAAUGGAGUCCUUUGAAAAUCCAUUUAGAAUGUAUUUACCUUCAGAACAGAAUCCUGCCUAUGUCUCUCAAUCUGCAAAGUUUGACCCAUCAUCAAAAAUUUAUGAAAUCAGCAAUCGAUGGAAGUUGAUGAGUCAGGCACAAGUACAGAAGGAGUCCAAGGAUGAGACCAAAAAGAAAGCAGCCCAGCAGUCAGCUGCUCGUGACCAGGCACAGAAGGUGUAUAAAGAGGCAACAGAAAACAUUGUGUCUAUUCGUCAGCAAAUUGCGCAGGAACAAGCUAAUAAGAAGAGGGAGAGAAUCGUAAGUGAAACAGGAACAGAGUUGCCAAAACAAGAGAAGAAACGUCCAAAAGCCUCACAGCAACCAGAGGAGCUGGAAGCACCAAAGCAGUUCACCCCCUUUGAUUACAGCAAGUCCAACUUCAAAGUGUUUGCGGGAAGCAGCAAAUCGAAGCAGUCGCCCCAGUUUGACCCUGCCAAACAGGCCUAUGCAGGCAAGAAAUUUGCUGGAGCUAACAAACUUCAACAGUCGGCUGGAAACCGAAGCAUGUCCUACCUGGCAGGGAAAGCCGACAGGGGCUCCAGGCACCACUGGCCAAAGAGAUAGUCCUUGUUGUGAGACCUGUGGGAGUUGCUGCUGAACAAAACAAUAGUCAGAACCAUCGUCACUAUGGGAAGGCAAAUAUCAGUCAUUGCACUGUUUUUGUACAGAAAUCUUUUUAAACCCAUUAAAAUGCUUCUUUUCCAGAAGGAAAAACA